AUGUUUCGCCAGCUCCGCCAGCUUUGCUGCGCGCUGCUCCUGUUGCUGUGCACCGGUGGCGGCCUCGUCAUUGCGGUGCCGCACCAUUGCGUGUUUGAUCGCCUGCCACGGAACGUUGGCGAAGUGACGGGCGGGGAGGAGCCGGCCAGUCCUGUCACUGUGUCCGUGGGCAGUGACUGGGCGCCCCUCCGAAUCAAGGUGUUUGCGGAUGACCUGGAGGGGUUGGGGGGAUUCUGCACCAGGGCCGGGGAGCAUAUAAGCAUGUUUUUUGGCAAGGAGAUGGUCUGCCAGGAGGAGGACAUUCUGACGGAGGAGAAGGUGGACAUUCUCGAGAACGUGAUUCUUUCCGAGGCGGCGAAGAUGCACAGCGAGCGUCUGCUGGUGCGGCCACUGGAUGGCCCGCUGGUCGUGCCGAGGUUCCGUGAGGGCAGUGUUUGCGGGAAGUUUCCUGUGCCGGAGGAGCACCACACGGAUGGGGUGCCCGAUGCGGACAUGGUGCUGUACGCGACUGCUGUUCCGACGUUCAAGCCGACCUUUGCGUGGGCGAUGCCGUGCGCGACGUUGGGCCCGCGAGGGCGUCCUGUUGUUGGCGUCAUCAACUACAACCCGCGCCACAUUGCGAACACGUCGCAGCACAUCCGCGUGGCUGUGCACGAGAUGGCGCACGCCCUCGGCUUCAUUGUGGCGGACAUGGAGGAGCAGGCGCUGGUGAAGCGGGAGGUGGGUGUGCGUGGGAGGAGCAGUGUCCACGUUGUGAAUUCCCGGAAUACGCUGGAGCAGGCAAGGCGCCACUACGGCUGCGAGUCAGCGCCAGGCAUGGAGCUGGAGUUUGUGCCGCCAAUGCGGAAUCCGGCGGCGCCAGGAGGGAAAGCAACACCACCACCAUCAGCACCAGGAGCACCAGCAAAAGUGUCACCGAAGCCGUCAGGAUCAGAAGCAGCACCUUCCGCAGUAACACCACCAGCACAAUCUGCGCAAUCGGCUCCGGCGGCGCCAUCACCGGGUUCAGCGGCACUACAGGGACCGGAGCAACCACCACAAACAUCAAAACCACAACCAUCGUCAGCAGCUCAACAAUCAUCUGCGCCAGCAGCACCACCUGUUCGAAAUCGGCCAGUGAUUCGAAUAGUCACAAAGGAAGAAAGAGAGGCAGAACGAAGGACGGGGCAACGGAGGCAUAUAUCUUCCACACGUGGACCCAGAACAGGGAUUGAGGGUGGUCCACCAAUGCUUCCACCAAUGCGGAAUCCGGCGGCGCCAGGAGGAAGAGGAGGAGUUGCUGGGCCAGGUGUAAGAGGAAGAAGAGGAGUUGCUGGGCAACCAGCGAGUCCAGUGGGGGGAGCAGGAAGGGAGCAAACUCUCAAGCUGCGUGCGGCCCAACAUAUUUCCGCAUCAACGCAGGCAGCGGCGGACGGAACCCUCUCAACGGGCACCACGCUCACGGUGGUGGAGAAGCAGUGGAGGCCGCCUUCGUGGCUUGGCCUGAUGUCUCACUGGGGGCGGCGGAACGCGAAGGAUGAGCUGAUGGCGGGCUUCGUUGUUUCCGGCUACUACACCGCGAUCACGAUGGCGCUGUUCACCGACCUCGGCUACUACAAGGCAAACUUCGAGAUGGCGGAGCCGAUGAGCUGGGGCAGCGGAGCCGGCUGCGCGCUGCUGACCGACAAGUGCGUGACGGACGGUGCCACGCUGUACCCUGAUAUGUUCUGCACCGACUCGAGCGACGCCACUCUGCGGUGCACGUCUGACCGCCAGUCGCUGGGGACCUGCGCAAUUUACCAGGACGAUAACAUCCCACCGGAGUUCCAGUACUUCGCCACCAAGCAGGGCUCCAGGCGAGGGGCCAUGAUGGAGUACUGCCCCUUCAUCGCGCCAAUGAAUGGCACUGGGUGCAUGGAUGGCGACGAGGCCAUCAUGCCUGGGAGCGUUGUUGGCCCGUCCUCGCGCUGCUUGACUGGGGAGAACCUCCGGAUGGGCAGUACGGUUGUUGGUGACGUGUGCGUGCAGUUGAGGUGUGGUGAGGGCACGCUAAGUGUGCGGUACAGGGGCAGCGAGGAGUGGCAUCCCUGUGCACCGGGUCAGACGCUGACGCCCCCGGCGCCAUUCACGGCGGGCAGCAUAAGAUGCCCCUUGUUCAGCGAUGUCUGCCUCACCAUGUUGAAGCACAGUGAUGCGAGCAGCACCGACGUGGAGAGCCACCCGAAACACCUUGCGAUGACCAGAAAUAACGAUGGCAGCGCUCUGGCGGUCACUUCUGCGCCGCUUCUUCUCCUCCUCAUUGUGAUCGGCACGGUGAUUGUUGCACCUUGA